AUGCGGACAGCGCCCGUUGCAUGCCCUGCUGCCGCUCGCCGCAGCAGCAUCGGCGCAGCCGCCGCUCGGGCGACCCUGCAGCAGCAGCACAACACUCAGCAGCACUUGCGCACAGGCGGCGAUAACACCGAGCCGCGGCCAGACGCAACCACCAGCGCCAGUGGCCGGCGCGCCGCGCUGCUCGGGCUUGGCGCCGCCGCCGCUGCGCUGCUGGCUGCGCCGGGGGCGAGCCGCGCAGCAGGCGAUGCGCCGCAGGCUGGCGCGCUCGAGGAGUAUGUGGCUCAGGAGGCGAAGGGCAAGCUCAAGGACAGGCGGCAGCUGGACGAAUUCCGGGCGCGCUACAACAUCCGCCGCGGCCUGGACGGCCGCGUGCAGCUGCGCAGCCGCAAGGGCGAGUGGUUUGCGGUGCGGCUGGACAUGGAGGUCCCCGGGGCCCUGCUGCUGCGCGACGGCAAGGGCAACAUAUACGCCAUUGAGACCGAGGGCCUGCCGCAGGUUGACCUGUCUGAUGACUACGUGCUGCUGAUGCUCUUCUCUGACGGCUCAUGGGAAGACAACAUGCAGCCUAUCGAGUACGAGGACUCUGACACUGGCAAGGUUGUACAGCUCAACAUGGCCGAGACAGAGUUCCGGGAGUUCAUAGGGAUCCUGAAGGAGGAUGAGGAGGAGCGGCCCGCCGACAAGAAGAAGGGCAAGAAGUAG